GCGAGGCACAGGUUGUUCCAGACCGACUUCACCGAAGAACGGAACCCAUAAAAAGCCCCGGCCGGAAGAAGCCCCUCCUCCUCCCCGCCAGCAGAGACCCGCGGUUGGGGCGCUGCAGUCAUCCCCGCUCCCGUCCACCGGCCAGAGGUGACCCGCUUGGUGAGAAGAGACGAGGGCUGCCUCUCUGAUCCCUGCCAUGGCGUCCUCCGUGUUUUGCCGCCAACUGUCGCUCUCCCUCCACAAAAACCUGUGCCUCAGUCUCUCAGGAUGCCGAUACGCAAGCAAAGCGGCACCUAAAGCCCAGGUGGAGUUAGAUUACGAUGGACCCUCCAUGAAAACUGAAGUCCCUGGGCCACGAUCACAGGAGCUGACAAAACAACUGGGGGAAAUUCAGAACGUUGGCGCUGUCAACUUCUUCUGCAACUACGAGGAGAGCAGGGGCAACUACCUGGUGGAUGUGGACGGGAACCGCAUGCUGGACAUCUACACUCAGAUCUCCUCCAUUCCCAUUGGAUACAACCACCCUGCUCUCAUCAAACUAAUGUCCAAUCCCAACAAUCUGAGUGCAUUUGUGAACCGACCUGCACUUGGAAUCUUGCCACCUGAGAAUUUCCCAGACAAACUCACCGAAAGUCUUCUCUCGGUGGCUCCCAGUGGAAUGAGUCGUGUCCAGACCAUGGCCUGUGGCUCGUGCUCCAACGAGAAUGCGUACAAGGCCAUGUUCAUCUGGUACAGGAAUAAAGAGCGAGGCCACAACUAUCCAUCUGAUGAGGACCUCAGCUCUUGCAUGAUCAACCAGGGUCCAGGAUGUCCGGAGUUCAGUAUUUUAUCUUUUAUGGGAGGCUUCCAUGGCAGAACUAUGGGUUGUUUGGCAACCACACACUCUAAAGCGAUCCAUAAGCUGGACGUGCCCUCGUUUGAUUGGCCCAUCGCACCAUUCCCCAGACUGCAGUACCCACUGGAGGAGUUCGCCAGGGAGAACGCACAGGAAGAGGCUCGCUGUUUGGAAGAGGUGGAGGAUCUGAUUGUGAAGUGGAGGCAGAAGGGAAAGCCUGUGGCUGGGAUCGUGAUUGAGCCCAUCCAAGCUGAAGGAGGAGAUAACCACGCCACCGCCGAUUUCUUCAAGAGUCUCCGCAACAUCGCACGCAAGCAUGGCUGUGCUUUCCAUGUGGACGAAGUCCAAACCGGAGGAGGGGCCACGGGAAAGUUCUGGGCCCACGAGCACUGGGGUGUGGACGACCCCGCUGACAUCGUGUCCUUCAGCAAGAAGCUUCUGACCGGCGGCUACUACCACAAACUGGAAUUACAGGCCGAUAAGCCCUACCGCAUCUUCAACACAUGGAUGGGUGACCCAUCAAAGAACUUGUUCCUGGCCGAGGUCCUCAACGUGAUUCGCAGAGAAAACCUCCUGGAGGAAGUCACUCGUUCGGGAAAAGCUCUGCUAAAUGGGCUGUAUGAAUUACAGGCUCAGUACCCUGGCCUUCUGAGCCGAGCCCGAGGACAGGGAACCUUCUGUGCCGUUGAUAUCCGUGAUGAUGCAACACGCAACAACAUCCUUCUGAAGGCACGGAACAAGGGUAUCCUCCUGGGCGGGUGUGGCGAUAACGCCAUCCGUUUCCGUCCGGCGCUGGUCUUCAAGGAGUACCACGUGCACAUGUUCCUCAACCUCUUCAACGAGGUGUUGGCCCAGUUCAAUGAAAGCCGGCGGGGGGGGGGGACGUAGGUUCCAUGACACCACACCAGGACACGGGGAGGGGACUCUCCUCACCGUCCACGCAGGAUAAAGCACAAAAACACACCAAUCAAAAUGAAAUCAGAAGGUCAGUUGAGUCUCUCCCAGGACAACGAUAACAAAGUCUGCAUACGUGUGACGUGGUGAAUCUGUAAUCCAUCCAUUCAGUCGACAUUAAUCCAAAAUGUGUGGACACCUUGUUCAUCUUAGUCUCCUCAUACUUCAGCAUGGAGUAGUCUGUUCUGAUCACUACCUCCCAGUGACGCAAUCUCAUACCACGGCAACAAAUGGGUUGUUUGGUCCGACCCAAGUGCGACCCAAUGACAAAAAAUGGCACUUACGGACUAACCCAUCCGUCCAUGUCUCCUAAUUUACCGUGAAUGUCGGUUUAAAGAUGCGGACAUCUUACCUUUUGGUAGAGGAUUGAGUGUUCGUGAUGAGUUCCAAGGCAACCUGCAUGUCAUUUGAAAUGUCCUCCUAGUUCUUCUGCCUGUCGCCUCGGACCGACUUUGUAGCCCAGACCGACGCUCAUCUUGGAUUGACCAUGAAAAUGUCAGCAUAUUUAGUGCCUGCAUGAUACUUGUAUGCGCUGUUUUCUACUCACACAAUUUAUCGCAGCCCUGCUUCGUAGUCGAGAGCUAGAUUGCGUAAAGACUGCUAUUUAUUUUGUCUUGUUCCCCUCUUGAGGUUACAGUACAGGCCAAAAGUUUGGACACACCUUCUCCUUCAAUGCAUUUUCUUUAUUUUCAUGACUAUUUACAUUGUAGAUUGUCAAAACUAUGAAUGGACACUAGGGGUGUAACGGUACACCAAAAUUUCGGUUCGGUACGUACCUCGGUUUAGAGGUCACAAUUCGGUUCAUUUUCGGUACAGUAAGAAAACAAAAUAUAAAUUUUUGGGUUAUUUAUUCACCAAAUCUGCAAAAUCUUCCACCAAAAAAUGUUUUCUUAGUGGAAUAUUUGAUGUAGAGUAAUCAGAACCUUAUAUAGGUCAAUAAUUCAUAAUAACAAGUAUAAAACUACUUUUUUAAAGUAAUCAUUUUCUUGUGUCUCAUAAUUAAAACAGAUGACAGCCAAAUGGACUUUGCUGUUUUAUUUUCAAUGAAACAUAGAAAAUACGUACUCGUAUAGUAGUACACUUGGUAUUAGUGAGAAUAUACUUAUUUUAAGGUAUUUUGGGUUCAUUGAGGUUAGCUAAUUUUACUUGUUUUGGAAAGUCUUGACAAGCAAAUUUUCUUGUUCUAUUGGCAGAUAAUUUUGCUUAGUUCAAAUAAAAUACCCCUCUUUUUUUUUUCUUGUUUUUGAACACUGACUUUUUGCAGUGUAUCUGUGGUACUUUAACUUCAGGUGACUACCUCUUGAAGCUCAUGGAGAGAAUGCCAAGAGUGCGCAAAGCAUUAAUCAGAGCAAAGGGUGGCUAUUUUGAAGAAACUAGAAUAUAAAACACGUUUUCAGUUGCUUCAGUGCAUAACUCCACAUGUGUUCAUUCAUAGUUGUGAUGUGACAAUCUACAAUGUAAAUAGUCAUGAAAAUAAAGAAAAUAUUGCAUUGAAUGAGAAGGUGUGUCCAAACUUUUGGCCUGUAUUAUAUAUAAUAGUUUAAACAGCAACGGUAAAUGGCUUUUUAUUGUUUUCAACAAUGUGAUUUUGACACACACCUCUAUGUGGACACGCUGCCAGUGUUGAAACUUGAGACUAUGAAGGCUUAACUUGGUUCAAAGAUGUAGCACACGGUCUUUAACACCUCAAUGUUUGCGUCAUUCAAAGCGGCAGAAAGCACACUUUUAAAAGAAGACAUUUGCGUCCAACAUAGUGGUGAAUGUUCCAUGCCAGCAUAACAUGGUCCGUGUGUCCCCUAUAAAUUACACCUUCACAAAUGUUCCAAUCUAAAAGGAAGUGGUUUGGUUCCAUCAGGGGUGUUUAAAUUGAUUGAAAAAUCAACAAGGGCCAUUUAGACGUUGAAUAGUUUUUAACGUAGAUAUGCUACGUUUCUUUGGUGUCUGCUUGUGACUCAAAAAUGACCGCUCUUUGGACCCCCCUGGGUUGGAGAGUGUUAAAGCUGAGGAAUAAAUAUAGCAGUAGUACAAAAUAAUACUGCUGGAUUUCUUUAAAGUUUAAAGUUCUUUAAAGACGCUUCUUUGUUAAACAUUUUUGCACUUGUGAUCAGAAGCAGAUAAUUAUUGAUGUAAUUAUCUUAGAUGGCUAUAACUGUUGUCUUUAAUAUAUACUGUCAAUGUACUGUGAUUAAUAAAGACAUUUUGCCUA